CCGCUUUCAACUCGCGAUUGCUGGAUUAGGGUUUUCUUCUGCUUACCGAAUAGAUUUCGGAGGAACAGCUUUUUAUUUAUUUUCAUUACCUUAUCUUUCGUUAUCAGAUUCCGGGAAUCCAAAUUUUUAUUUUUUACUCUCUUUCGCCGCCAUGAGUUCCUCGAUCCAGAUCGUUGAUGAGCAGCUAGUGGAUGUUUUGUCUCUUCAUCAAGAUCAGGAUGAAAAGAAGACUCAACAAGUGUUCAAUGAGCAGAGUUUCGGGAACCAUGGCGGCUGUUGUGCAAUAUGCUUGGAUACAAUACCUCUUCAAGAAACAGCUAUGGUUAAAGGCUGUGAACAUGCUUACUGUGUGACGUGCAUACUCCGUUGGGCAAGUUACAAAGAGAAACCUACCUGCCCACAAUGUAAGCUUCCAUUUGAUUUUCUCAAUGUCCACCGUGCUCUCGAUGGAAGCGUUGAAGAUUUCAUGUUCGAGGAGAGUGUAUGCCUCCUCCUGAGGGCAGCAUGGUUUCAGCCACUGGAAGCAGUGGAGCGGGUUUCAGACAAUGACAAUUUCAAUUAUGAUUUUGACAUUCCACCUGACUAUGAGGAGGAGGAUGACGAUGACCUUGACGAGUUUUAUAUGCAAGGUUCAAGUCUUCGUUUAGGAAACCGGAGGUGGGGUGACAAUGGAUUUGUUAGAGCAGGCCGCCAAGAAGCAAGGCCAGUCCAACAUAAGAACCGAGGUGGCCAGGCUUCUGGCUCUGAACCAGCCUCUUCAUCCUCACGUGAGCCAAAGGAGAAGACUAGCAGUGCCAUAACAGGAAGGCGUGCAAAGAGGGCAAUGAAGCGCGAAGCUGCAAACAAAGCUGCUGAAGCUGUAGCAGCUGCAAAGCACGAGGCCCAUUUGGUUAGGUUGGGAAGGAAGUGACUGUGGUUGUAUCUCUGUAAUUAACAUCAACCCACCACAACCCCAAAUGGCCAAAUCCAUUGACUUCGAUACUUGAGAAGUUGUACAUCAGUAGAAUCUAAUAAUGGUAGAACCACCACACAUGCUGAACCUUUGUCUUUAAGAUGCUUUGCUAGAUUUGAUUUAUUUAGUCUGCAACUUUCUUGAUCAUUUGCUUGAUGUGAGUGAGAGAUAUUGUGGCUUAUGAAAUGAGGAUUAAGUGGUUAUGGUAAUGAUGAUGAUGAGUGGGUUUUGGUGGGGUCUUCAAUUGACUUUGGCCAAUUUUUGGGUGGUGUAGACUGCAAUGCCAAGCAAAAUCAAAGCUACAAUAGAUUUAACUUUUUAAU